AUGAUUAACGUUACUUCAAAUAUAAUCAAAGCAUCUAAGGUUCCCAUACAACAACAAUCGUUGCUAGCAUUUUCAAUUCGUUUGGCUAGCAAUGAAGCAUCUUUCCAAACGAAACCAUACAAAUUACAUCGAUUAGAAUCUGGUCCAUCAACGAAUGUUUCUAUUACAAGAGAUGAUGCUUUAGAUUACUAUCGUAAAAUGAUGGUAGUUAGGCGAAUGGAAACAGCAGCUGGAAAUCUCUAUAAGGAGAGAUUUGUCCGUGGUUUCUGCCAUUUAUAUGCAGGACAGGAAGCAAUAGCAGUUGGACUUUGUGCAUCGAAAGACAGUGAAGAUGCUGUAAUCACAUCAUAUCGUUGCCAUGCAUGGACUUAUUUAACUGGAUCGAAUGUCGCCGAAAUUUUAUCGGAAUUAACAGGUCGACGUUCUGGUAAUGUCUAUGGAAAAGGUGGUUCCAUGCAUAUGUAUAACAAAAACUUCUUCGGCGGUAAUGGUAUUGUUGGAGCACAACAAGCACUUGGUGCUGGCCUAGCAUUUGCUCUUAAAUAUAAUAAGAAAAAGAAUGUUGCAUAUACUUUGUUUGGUGAUGGUGCAGCUAACCAAGGACAAUUAUAUGAAGUCAUUAAUAUGUGUGCGUUAUGGGAUUUACCAUGCAUUUUUAUCUGCGAAAAUAACGGGUAUGGUAUGGGUACACCGGUUGAUCGUUCAUCUGCUGUAACAGAUUACUAUACACGUGGUGAUUAUAUACCAGGUGUUUGGGCUGAUGGUAUGGAUGUUCUUGCCGUUCGAGAAACAAUUCGAUGGUCAAAAGAAUAUUGCAAUGCUGGAAAGGGUCCUCUUAUGCUAGAAUUUGCUACCUAUCGGUAUUCUGGCCAUUCUAUGUCCGAUCCGGGAACGAGUUAUCGUACUCGAGAUGAGGUACAGCAAAUACGCAAAUCUCGCGACCCAAUCACAGGUUUUAGAGAUAGGGUUAUUGCUGCUGGAUUGGUUUCUGAGGAAGAAUUGAAAGAAAUCGAUAAAGACGUCAGGAAAGAGAUUGAUGAAGCCGUAAAUAUUGCUCGGACUGAACCUCCACCUCCACUCGAAUCGCUUUAUUGUGAUAUCUAUCACAAUACACCUCCUCAAUAUGUACGUGGUGUCACUCUGGAUAAAAGUAUCGUACAAAAGCAUUGCACAACGAAAAGUUUACUAAAAUCAUUAGGAUUGAACACUCGAUGA